AUGAAUCAGCGAUCUUACUUGAAUGAACAGCUGAAAUUUCAGUUACGUUUUGUGAUCUUCCAAGGUGGUCAAGACACACUAGUUAAUGGAUUCUCACAUUCAGCAUUUAAUUUUGGAUAUGAGGCAGGGAUCAAUAAUAGCACAAUGGAUGGAAAUCUAGUUCCUCCUUGUGCUCUUGUUACCUUUGUGCAAAAGGGUAUUCAGUAUCUUGAACUAGAAACAAAUUUGAGCAAUGAUAAUACCGAUAUGGAUGAAGACUUCCUGUUUCUUGAACCUUUGGAUCUCAUUUCAAAGAAUGUAUAUGAGCUGCAAAAUAUAAUAAAAGAGAAGAAAGAAAAGUUUCAGAGAGAUAAACAUAGGAAGAAGGAUAAGAUGAAUGCUGACCAUGAGAGGGACCACGGACGAGAACCUGCAAGAGAAAGGGAGAAGGAGAAACAAAAGAAGAAAAGAGAGCAUGAACGUUAUAUAGAAAGGAGUGAAAAGAACAAGGAGAAACAAAAGCGCAAUAACAAAGAAAAACCACACGAGGAUAUUAUGGAUUCAAAACGGAGUGGAGAAAAAGAGGCUUCCAGACAUGAGGAAAAGGGAAAAGCCGGAGAUUUGAAGCCUAUGGAUAACUGCACAGUCUCAACCACUUUGCCAUGUGAAAUUCCUAGUUCUGAUGUAAUGGUUUUGGAAGGACAUACGUCUAAGGUUUUUGUCUGUGCUUGGAGUCCAGAACGGUCACUUCUUGCAUCUGGGUCUGGAGACUCUACUGCUAGAAUUUGGACUAUUGGAGAUGGUCCAUGUAAUUCUACUAUCCAAAGGAGGCCUCCAAAUGUUUUGGCUUUGAAGCAUUUGGAAAGUCAAGCAACUGAGAAACACAAGGGUGUUAUGACACUUGAUUGGAAUAGCGAGGGUAAACUGCUUGCGACUGGUUCUUACGAUGGCCAAGUCAGAAUCUGGAACCUAUCUGGGAAGUUAGUUAGUACUCUUUCCAAACAUAAAGGGCCAAUCUUCUCUUUGAAGUGGAACAAGGAAGGUGAUCAUCUCCUUAGCGGUAGUGUUGAUAGAACUGCCAUUGUUUGGAAUGUGAACUCUAGCGAAUGGAAGCAGCACUUUGAAUUUCCUUCAGGUCCGACGCUUGAUGUUGAUUGGCAAAACAAUGAUUCUUUUGCGGUCAGCUCCGCUGAUAAAAUGAUUUACAUUUGUAAAGUUGGGGAUAAUACACCAGUCAAAACAUUCUCAGGACAUCAGAAUCGAGUCAAUGCUAUCAAGUGGGAUCCCUCAGGUUCCUUGCUGGCUUCAUGCUCUGAUGAUUCCACAGUUAAGAUAUGGAGUAUGAAACAGGAUGUCUGCUUGCAUGAUUUCAGAGAACAUCGCAAAGAGAUAUAUACCAUCAAAUGGAGUCCAACUGGCGCUGGUACAAACAAUCCGAAUCAACAGUUGUUGUUGGCAAGUGGUUCAUUUGACUCUACCGUGAAGCUAUGGGAUGUUGAACUAGGGUGUCUUCUUCACAGCUUGAACGGUCACAGGGAAGAUGUUUACUCUAUUGCAUUUAGUCCGAACGGUGAAUACUUGGCAAGUGGGUCAUUGGAUAAAUGCAUGAAUAUAUGGUCAGUGAAAGAGGCCAAGAUUGUAAAAACUUACAAUGGCGAUGGCGAUAUUUUUGAAGUGUGUUGGAACAAGGAAGGCAACAAGGUUGCAGCAUGUUUUGCAAACAACAAGGUUUGUGUGUUUGAUAUUCGAUUGUAGAGGUUGAGGAAUAGCUUCAAAAGGACUUGGGAACACAGAGGCAGGAAUUUCACAAUUCAAGAAACUCUACCUUCUAGAAAUGCAGAUUAUAGAUAAGGUUUUUUUGGUUUGUCAUCUGGUGUCCGAUUUAUUCAUAUUGUGGCCCGGCUAAAUCAUUUUGUUGUGGUACUGCUGGUAUAGUUGUUCCUGCUCUUCUUCUUUUGUUGAUUGUGAGGAAAUUGACAUGGCUGUGAAGUCACAUUGUCAAUUCCUUGCUUGAAAUUGAGCCUAAAAAUCUAAGAGAUUGUUUGGUUUGCAAACAAGUUAUAUUGGAUUAUAGCGUGGGAAUUAUAAUA